CCACGUGAUUACAUUUGCGUUGUCAUGGCAACCACAACGGCGUUGCAUGAAACAGCGUUAGUGCCUGGACCAGCGACAGCAAGUUAGCGGCUGCACUGUAUAAUGAACUUCCUUUAGCUUGAAUGCGAGUUUCUCGCUAAUUUUAUGCGCAUGGAAGACGACAUAGAUGCUCUUCUAGACGAUGUCGAAUCAAAGUACUGUGAACAGAUAUGCCAAAGAGCAUCUGCGCCAACAGCUGGGUACGUGCAUGCAGCUUCUUUCGCUAAAUAAUGUGCAUCACGAUCAGCUAUUGGUUUUCAGAACAUCUUCUGAUGAUAGCAUUGAAGAAGCUAUAAAUGAAAUAUGCAGAGUUCCAGAGUUAAACGUUCCUAACAGUGAUCUCGCCGACAGUAAGCUAUUCGGUCGCAGAAAUAUCCAGUGUUAUGUGGUCUACCUUGGCGGCACAGAUGUGGUCUUUGGCGUGUCGACCAGUGCAUCAAGAAGGGCUUGCAGCCAUAUUCAUUGCUGCAAGUGCGAUUUCCAAGUUGCUGUAUUCGAAGAUUAUGCCUGGGAUGAAACAGCAGACUACCUGUUCUUCAGAAACAGCGUUCCGGAUGCAAGCAAACUUCGCUCAAGGCUUUUCCGGAAGCUUGGUUGGCGGGCCUAUUGCUGUCAGUGCCAUUGGCGCUCUGUAGCAGCACUUGCAUCUGCGCAACAAGAGAGGCUGCCUUGGAUGUGUGCUCGUCAUUAGGGGAAACCCAUACAAUAUGUUGCAGGGGAGAUAUGCGCUACUGCAGUUGCCUAGGGCGCAGGACAGGGGUAAUUAGAGAUCGCAGGGAGAGGCCUUCGUCCUGCAGUGGACAUAAAAUAGGCUGAUGAUGAUAACAGCUGCAUAGAGUUGGUGAUUCGUUUGUAAACUUUUGUGGCCAAGGUUCACUCGCACUUUGGUUAUGCAUGCCCUUUGUAUCUAAGGUGGGGUGAUGUACGAUUCUAGUUACUGUGACACGCAAGCCAUCCUGCUAUGUCUCUAAAUGCGAGUACAGAUGAAGCGUCACUAGUAUUGAGAGGCAGUUCCUCGGCAUAUGAACCAGAGAUAUUAAAUUGAGGCUGGCAUUGCCAAAAACAGACGAACAAAUCAAUAUCUUUAGUGCCAGCAGUUCAUAUUUUCCUUAAUACUAUUAGUGCAUUAAAGAAACAACCUGAAACAGUCAUGCAUUUGAGUAAUCAUUUCCAUUAUUUUAGAGAACCAAAAUUAAUUAAAAUGUUGUAAAUGUUUCAGAAACUUCACUUCAGUAAAUAUAGCAAUAAUGAACCACUAUUCUGCAAAACCGAGUGUUCUACUCUCUUCCAAGUGUUUCUACAUUGACCCUGCUUUACUCUCCACUCAAACAGAGCAUUUUUCUCGGGAUAGAUUUUUUUUUUUAAUGUUCAGCUUUGCAGGGUGCCACACAGCAGUAAACCAUUUUUAAUGUGAAGCUUCGUUUGUGAACUCUUCUGGACUUUGCUUACCAUGGCUGGUGUUGCUGUCUUGCCAAAUAGCUCACACACAGAAAAUAGAUGUGUGGCUGAUGUUGAGAUUGAAGUGGGGUUAUCCCGGCACAACAGCCUGAUGCUCUGACCAUUAGGCCCCAAUCGCAUGCAUACGUCUUUUGUGCCAACAUAUAAACUAGCUUUCUUGAAAUGUGUGCAUCACACCGCAUAGCACAUAUACACCAAUUUACAUUACAGAUACAAAAGUUAAACUGGCAGAUAAUGGCCAACCUUACCACUCUCUUUUGCACUGUACUUAUCUCUACAUGCACUUCCUCUUACCGUUCUCUUGACAAACAUCACCUUUGUGGCAUCACUGCUUUGACAUUUCACAGUGUGUAUUCACAUUAACUGAUACUACCAUCUGGCAGUGGACAAAUAGAAUACAACCAUGUUUAGAGGACAGCCUUCGCUGACAACCUAAAGACCAUCCACCAAAACAGAGCCCAGGGUGCUGCAUAUAAAAUUCAAUGCACAGAUUGUAGUCACAUAUAUUGGUGAAACAAAUAACCUGGUGAAAGAAUCUGGCAAUUGAAUCUUUGCAAGGGAAUGCAGUGUUGUGGCCAAACAAUUCGAAGGUACAGACCACAGAAUCUGUUACGAUGAAACAAUCGUACUUGAAACUGAAAAAAAAAGGGGGGAAAAAUACCCAGAAAUGGCUUUUAUUGCAAUACUGGCACGUAAAGAGCAUUCCCAAUAAUAUUAAAUGCUAAAGGGCAAUCUUCUGACUAGGUACAUCCAAGCUCUACAGUCCUAGUCAAGGAGGAGAGAGACUGUUCUAUGACAGAAGCCUCCAUAUUGCUGUCAUCACUUUGAAGGAGGAGCCAAAUUGGCUUUGAGACAUUGGUUAAUAACUGAACCAGACAGUUCACAUGCCUAUAUUACCGUGGUCUCCGGUGGUGUGCAAUCCUAACCUUAGAUGACACUUCGCACAAGGGGAGCAAAUCAAAACCAUUCAACAAAUCCUGGCAUGAAGAGACUGCGUUCGCAUGCACAAGGAUGCAAGUUUGCAGGGCCCAAUGCUGGUUUCCUGUGUGCACACUCGGGAGUCUUUUUUUCGAGAAAAGAGCUAUGCUGCGAGGCAAAACGUCUGUUUGUUCAUCUCUAUUCUGAGCAUCUAUGUUACAGAUGGCAGCUAGUCAAGCCAAGCUGAACAGAGAUUAGUUUAUUGUUCAUGAAUGGCUUAUACGAAUAUGUCAUUAAGAACACAGGAAGUACAAACAUAUUUUUAUCAAUACGAGCUUUUGGAGGAACAUGCAUUUCAAUGUGGAAAACCUGCAAAACAUGAGGCAAGAGAUCUGGAUUCGAAAUUUUUAAAGAAAACGAACUGUACAGUCACCAAGUGAACUCUAGCAGUUAAGAGCUGUCUGCCAUUUAAUGUGACGUAGUAGAAACAGUUACUUUCAAAGAUUCACAUAAAGACGUGAAACCUCCCACAGGGGCCCAUUUAUCAACAAGGGACUGGCUGCAAGGAACACAUAGGAGUGUUGUGCACAGUCAAGAAUGUUGCUGCUUUAGUUUUUUCAUGUGCUACUUUCUUUCAAUGCUCAAUAUUUCAAACACAGCCACAAGCACUUCCCACUGCAUUUGCCAUUAAGACAAAUUGUCAAGCAAGUUGCCCUUAGCCCGAGUCUCCAAAACAAGUGCACUCAUGAGAAGCCAACAAACAAAGACACCAAGGAAAACAUAGGGGAAACCACUUGUACUUACUGAAUUAAAGAAAUGAUAAAUUAAUGACAAUGAAAGUGGAUGAAAAAACAACUUGCUGCAGAUUCACUUUCAUUGUCAUUAAUUUAUAAUUUCUUUAAUUGAAUUAGUAAGUAAAGUAAUUUCCCCUAUGUCUUCCUUGGCAUCUUUGUUGGCUUCUCAUGAUUAAUAAAAAUCGGGCCCCUCGGUUAACCCCCUUUCUUCUCGUUCAAAACAAGUGCAAGACAUACUGGAGGUAAUAUUAAUAUUUCACAUGGACACAUAUAUGGCCUCAGAUAGACGGGGUUUUACCCUUCUACGGCCCUCCUAUGUAUACCUCACCACAUUAGCAGAGCUGUAGCCAAGGUUUUGCCAAUAAAAAGUAUGCCAAGAGGGGGAAAAACAUUGCUGCUUUAACCCUUUCACAGGUGAAUUUUUUGCACAUGGCACGUAAGUCUACUUACUAGUACAGUUUUUAGACAAGGCAUGGUAACGAAAGUUCCUGCAAAAAUGAAUUUUCAUUCAAGUAAAUUUCUGGAAAUAUUCCACUGCCCAAUAAGGGCACAGUAGAAAGAAAAAAUAUUUUCACAUUGCUAAAAUAACAGAACACUUGGUAUGCCUUUCUAUUGCUCAGAAAGCAAAAAAAUUCUCCAUGUCUGUUUCUCUGCUGACGUGCUGCAGUGCUGGCACAUAUUCAGAGCAAAAAGGGCUCACUGCAAAUCCUAAAUAAAGGAUGCUUUUUUGAUGCUAAGAAAAUUAUUUCAAAGCUUUCACAUGCCUUCUCAAGGUGCAACUCGUAUAAAAUGAUCAAGUAGACAGCAUCGCUGAAAUCAAUGAAUGGGAAACACUGUAGAUCCACUUUAAUGGCAACACGGGGCACAGCUUUUUCUUUUACAAUGUUUCUGUAAGAUGGCAACACGUUUCUGUGGUGGAAAUAAUGCUUCACAUGGCCUUGCUACACACCUAUAGCAGGUGAGUGAUGUGCUUGAUGUCGCCAAUGAAAGGGUUGAGUGGAAGCUCACAGAAGACGCAUAUUACAUUGCUGCAGUGAGACAUUAGCCUGUCACCAGUUUGGGCGACAUGCUCUGGCAGUUUGUGGUGCUGCCUGAGCAGGACCAACCACUGUACUGAAAAUGUAGAAGUAGGAAGGGUGAUUAUCACCUACCAUAACGAUCCCAAUUCAUUUUGGGCAGCUAUAUCUAAUUUUCAUUGUGUACUUGUGGUUGCCACCAUUCAAAAUGAAAACUGGUAAAAACUUUUGCAUACAGUUGAGGAAAGCUCAAAAUUUCUAAAGAUAAAUAAUUGUGGGGUUUUACGUGCCAAAACCACUUUCUGAUUAUGAGGCACGCCGUAGUGGAGGACCCCAGAAAUUUCAACCACCUGGGGUUCUUUAACGUGCACCUAAAUUUAAGUACACGGGUGUUUUCACAUUUCUCCCCCAUCGAAAUGCGGCCGCCGUGGCCGGGAUUCGAUCCCGCAACCUCGUGCUCAGCAGCCCAACACCAAAGACAAAACACACACGCACACACACACACACACUAAGAAAAUGUCGGGCUGGUUGGUGGAGCACCAACAUGAAAUUUCUCAUUUUUUUGCUAUGAAGUUAACCUCGAAAGCCUAGAAAAUAUACUGGCAAACCUCGGAGUUCCCCAAUUAGUUUACAAUAGCUUUCCUACAAACCAGUUUCGGUUUCAAUUCCAAGGAGGUGUAUGUCGACACAGAGGGCGCUCACAUGGGAGUAGAGCAUUACGUUUGAGCCCUCGCUCCAGCUUACUCGUUUGUCUGCUGUGCUGCUACAUUGGUCCACACAAUGAGUAGCAGCAUAGCAGACGAACAAGUGAGCCAAUAUGAACAUUCACAUCCUCCAACAAGCUAAAAUGUUUACAUCUGUGGCU